GCAAGGAAGGAAGGAAGGACCGAGUGAAUGACGAGACUACUGCUUAAGCAGCACUUGCAUUAGUGGGGGAAAACAUGACCUUUGAAGCCUCCUUCCCGUAUUCUCCACUUACUCUUGUAUGCAAAAUGGUGGACCCUGUGGGGUUUGUGGAGGCUUGGAAAGCACAAUUUGCAGACUCUGAGCCUCCUAAAAUGGAGCUGAAAUCUGUGGGAGACAUUGAACAGGAGCUGGAGAUGUGCAAAGCAUCUAUCCGGAGACUGGAGAUGGAGGUCAACAAGGAGAGGUUCCGCAUGAUUUACCUGCAGACUCUUCUAGCAAAGGAGAAAAAAAGCUAUGAUAGACAGAGAUGGGGCUUUAAACGUGUUUCUCAGUUGCCUGAAGGGGGUGCAGAGCAGCAGAUCCAAGACCUGCAUCAUCACCAGUCUGCUGACCAAGAUGAAUAUGAAAAAAGCAAGUCUCACCACGGGGAGGAAAAGUUCAAACCCAGGAUACCCUCUCUGCGGAAGCUAUCUACCCAGAGUGAUGGGUCAGACUUAUCGCCUUUGGACAGCCCCCAUCAUGGAGAGGGAGAGCAGGACAGGUGUAAGUACUAUGGUGAAGAGAAACUGAAGAGAGUUGUAGAAGAUCUGGAGAAUCGCUGUGAUACAGAUGGCUCUCCUUCAAAACACAGAUCGGCUUCCACUCGCAGGCUAAUGGGAUCUGCUGAGAAGGAGGGAUCCUUUGAACCUAUUUCUAAGGAGAGAGGGAACAGCACCAGUGUGGCAGCCCUAAGGUCCAAUUUUGAGAGGAUUAAAAAGGUUAAUUCACAUUCUUCUGGAGAUAACAAGGAUGUUGUUGAAAAGCCCUUUUAUGUGAACAUGGAGUAUCAUCAUGAGAAGGGUCUAGUGAAGGUCAACGAUAAAGAUGUUUCCGAUAAAAUAAGCUCCCUUGGUAGCCAAGCCAUGCAAAUGGAACGCAAAAAGUCUUUGCACUCCCUCCCUUCUAACGUGGUACCCAGCUUCAGUGAGUUCCAGAGGCCUGCUUACAGAGGAAGGUCCUCAGAGAGCAACUUUGGCUAUGAUGGAGAAUACGAGGAUGCUGAACUAAACCCUAGGUUUCUCAAAGAUAACCUGAUUAAUGCCAAUGGCAGCAACCGCUUGCCUUGGCAGCCCAUGGACUUUCAACCCUAUCAAAGUAUCUAUGUUGGUGGAAUGAUGGGGGAAGGAGAAGGGAAGGGACCUAUUCUGCGAAAUCAGGGCACAACUGACCAGGAAAAACAUCUCACGUGGCCCAGGAGAUCUUAUUCCCCCAGGAGUUUUGAAGAUAUUGGAGGAGGAUAUACUCCUGAUUGUAGCUCUAAUGAGAACCUUACCUCUAGUGAGGAAGACUUCUCUUCAGGGCAGUCCAGCCAUGUCUCCCCGAGCCCCACCACUUACCGCAUGUAUCGGGAUAAAAGCCGUUCUCCUUCCCAGAACUCUCAGCAGUCCUUUGACAGUAGCAGUCCACCAACCCCCCAGUCUCAAAAACGGCACAGACAGCAGCAGGUCAUUGUGUCUGAAGCUACUAUUGUGGGUGUACGAAAAACAGGACAGAUCUGGCCAAGUGAUGGAGAUUUGCCUUCUGGGAGGUGUCACCAGGACAGCUGUUUCCAUGGGGAUACAGAUGCUUCAUUCAGUGGCACACCACCUAGCUAUGCGUAUGAUGCAGACCGUGCUGAAGAACAGAGGCGACAUCAUGAUAUGAUGCCCUAUAUUGAUGAUUCACCAUCAUCUUCACCCCAUCUCAGUUCCAAGAGUCGGGGCAGCCGAGACACCCUAUCUUCAGGGUCUCUGGAAUCUACAAAAUCAAGUGAGCCAGACCUGGAGAAAGGCCUGGAGAUGAGAAAAUGGGUCCUGUCAGGAAUCCUAGCCAGUGAGGAAACCUACCUGAGCCACCUGGAGGCUCUGCUGCUGCCUAUGAAGCCUUUGAAAGCAGCUGCCACCACCUCUCAGCCUGUGCUGACUAGUCAGCAGAUUGAGACAAUAUUCUUCAAAGUGCCUGAGCUCUACGAGAUCCACAAAGAAUUCUAUGAUGGGCUCUUUCCCCGAGUGCAGCAGUGGAGUCACCAACAACGUGUAGGGGACCUCUUCCAAAAGUUGGCCAGCCAGCUGGGAGUGUACCGGGCCUUUGUGGAUAACUAUGAAGUUGCUAUGGAGACAGCAGAGAAAUGCUGCCAAGCCAAUGCUCAGUUUGCUGAAAUCUCUGAGAAUCUAAAGGCUAGAAGCACAAAGGAAUCUAAAGAUCAGACGACGAAAAAUUCCUUGGAAACUUUGUUGUACAAGCCAGUGGAUCGAGUGACUCGCAGCACACUUGUUCUGCAUGAUUUGCUCAAGCACACUCCAGUGAGCCACCCUGAUCAUCCACUCCUGCAGGAUGCUCUGCGGAUCUCACAGAACUUCCUCUCCAGCAUCAAUGAGGAGAUCACUCCUCGUCGGCAGUCCAUGACUGUAAAGAAGGGGGAGCACCGGCAGCUGCUGAAGGACAGUUUCAUGGUGGAGCUGGUUGAGGGGGCUCGCAAGCUACGUCACGUCUUUCUUUUUACUGAUCUGUUCCUGUGUGCCAAGCUCAAGAAGCAGAUUGGAGGAAAAAGCCAGCAGUAUGACUGCAAAUGGUACAUCCCGCUCACUGACCUUAGUUUCCAAAUGGUGGAUGAGUCUGAGGCAGCGCCCAAUAUCCCACUGGUACCUGAUGAGGAACUGGAUGCCAUGAAGAUCAAGAUAUCCCAGAUCAAGAAUGACAUCCAGCGUGAAAAGAGGGCCAAUAAGGGCAGCAAGGUCAUUGAGAGGUUGAAAAAGAAGCUCUCAGAGCAGGAAUCCCUCCUACUGCUGAUGUCUCCAAACAUGGCUUUCCGGGUACACAAUCGCAAUGGCAAGAGUUACACAUUCCUCAUUUCAUCGGACUAUGAAAGGGCAGAGUGGAGGGAGAACAUCCGGGAGCAGCAGAAGAAAUGCUUUAAAAGCUUCUCUCUCACAUCGGUGGAGCUCCAGAUGCUGACAAACUCCUGUGUGAAGCUUCAGACAGUCCACAACAUUCCCCUCACUAUCAAUAAGGAAGAUGAUGAAUCCCCAGGUCUCUAUGGAUUCCUGAAUGUCAUUGUCCACUCUGCCACAGGAUUCAAGCAAAGUUCAAAUUUGUACUGCACGUUAGAAGUGGAUUCUUUUGGGUAUUUUGUGAACAAGGCUAAAACUAGAGUUUACAGAGAUACCACAGAGCCCAACUGGAAUGAGGAGUUUGAGAUUGAGCUGGAAGGCUCGCAAACUCUGCGGAUUUUGUGCUAUGAAAAGUGCUACAACAAAACCAAGCUCACCAAAGAGGAUGGAGAGAGCACAGAUCGUAUAAUGGGGAAAGGACAGAUCCAGCUGGAGCCACAGGCAUUGCAGGACAAAGAUUGGCAACGCACAGUCAUCUCGAUGAACGGAGUUGAAGUGAAGCUGUCGGUGAAGUUUACCAGUCGGGAGUUUAGCCUGAAAAGGAUGCCGUCCCGGAAACAAACUGGGGUGUUUGGGGUCAAGAUCGCUAUUGUCACCAAGAGAGAGAGAUCGAAAGUGCCUUACAUAGUGCGCCAGUGUGUGGAGGAGAUAGAGCGGCGUGGAAUGGAGGAGGUGGGAAUCUACCGUGUUUCUGGGGUUGCAACCGAUAUCCAAGCUUUGAAAGCUGCCUUUGAUGUCAAUAACAAAGAUGUGUCAGUGAUGAUGAGCGAGAUGGACGUCAAUGCCAUUGCAGGCACCUUGAAACUGUACUUCCGAGAACUGCCUGAACCCCUCUUUACAGAUGAACUGUACCCCAACUUUGCUGAGGGCAUUGCACUUUCAGAUCCUGUUGCAAAGGAAAGCUGUAUGUUGAAUCUGUUGUUAUCGCUUCCAGAACCCAACUUUGUGACAUUCCUUUUCCUUUUGGACCAUUUAAAAAGGGUUGCUGAGAGGGAAAGCAUUAACAAGAUGUCCCUGCAUAAUCUUGCAACUGUCUUUGGACCAACGCUGCUCAGACCUUCAGAGAAGGACAGUAAAAUCCCUGCUAACCCAACCCAGCCUAUCACAAUGACGGACAGUUGGUCGCUAGAAGUCAUGUCCCAGGUUCAAGUUCUUCUGUACUUCCUGCAGCUAGAGACUAUCCCUACUCCAGACAGCAAGAGGCAAAGCAUCCUCUUUUCCACAGAGGUGUAGGUACCUGCGAUACCAGCAGGACACAAGGAACUGCUCUUGGCAUAAAUCUGCCGCACCUGAGAAAAAGACGACUGGCGUUUCUUCAGACGUGACUGGCCUGUUCCUGUCCUGGGGAACUGUGGCCCUCAGUGCUUCUGCUGUUUGUUAACCAGAGAGAAACUGAAGAGAACGGAGAAAAAUCUACUUCUGACUGGUAGGAACUGACCUGGAGAUGGAGCUGUGCAGAGCCUCCACUAGAAGGAGCAAUAGACACUUGAACAAAUGCACCACAGAGUGUGGCUAUUAUUCUUGUUGGGAAUGUGACAGAAGGUAUUCCUCAUUUUAUGGAUUUAAUUUAUCGUAAAGAAACUUCAAGAUUUCUACUGGACCACUUGAUGGGAUACCCCUUUUUGGAUGAGGGGGAGUUAAAGGAUAUAUCACAACUGUGUCUUUAAUAACUGCUGUUUUUAAAGUACUGUUCUAGGCCACAAAAUAGCAUUGCUUUGUGAGAAGAGGGGAGAAGGGAAGGGUCUGGGAUCUAACGUUCCCUCCUCAGAAAUUCAAGUCUUGAUUUGAACAGGAUUCUAAAGAAAUGAAACCGUUCUACAAGCUAGAACUUUUUUUUUGGGGGGUGGGUGGGUGGGUGUGUGUGUGUUCUUUUUUGGUGGUUUUUUUUUUGUUGUUGUCUCACCCACCCCUUCCCUUGCAAAUGUUUAUACAACUCUAGGGAAGGCGAUGCCCUGUUCUUGCCUAUGUUGCACUUCUGAUGGGUUUUUUUGGGUGGAGGGAGCCAGACCUGAUGAUGUAACACUAUAAAUAAAUACAGUAAAUUAAAGACAGGCAGGGAGGAUUAGAGCCAGUGAUUCUGUGAUUCUGUUGUUUGCAUAUAAAAGCAGGGGCAAUAUUAUCCAGGCAGGAUUGCUAAAUUCCUUAGACCCCACAAAACUUCAUGAAAAUUAAUUGAGAAGACUGUUAGUUCCCAAUGCUCCAAAGAAAAGAUGUUAUCACUGCAAAAAUAAUUGAAGCAUUUGUGGACAAAAAAAAUAAUAAUUCAAUGGCUAUCAGUUUGGCUGGAUGCUUACUCCAAACUUUUAUCAGAACAUCUUUUUUUGAUACUUGAAUUUUUGGAGGCUUUGUAUGUUGCUUCUACAAGAGUCUUUUUCUGAUAGAUACAAAUACUUUGAUAAAAUGUGUCAGAAUGUACUUUAUGGACAAUCUAGCAAGUAGCAUGCAUUGUGUCUUCUCCAGAAAUUCCAACCCUGUUUUAAGUAAGAGCAGUGAAGAAAUUUCAAUGGAACAUCAUACAGCAGUACAAAAGGUGUAGCCAAAUACCAGCUUGUGUUUCCCUGCCUGAAUGGGUGAAAGCCACCUAGGCAUAAAGGGCAGCAGUAUCUGUCUAGGGAAUUGAACGUAUUAUCUAACGCUGGGAUCCAGAGCAAAGUAUUCUGGCUGUGAAGCAGUUGUGCCAAACGUCGGGGCGGGGGGGGGAGGGGGAGUGAUUCCACUUUCAUAAACUACUCCAGCCCCCUUCGCUUCCUACCCAGUUACACAGCGUCCACCCAUCACCGUCCUGGCGAGAAGACAAGGGAGGGAAUUGGCAUGGGAAGGGGAAAGGAGGGACAGAGUUUGAAAGAUCGGUAGAGUUAGGUUGUCAACAUCAUUUGAGGGGAAAUAUGGCAAGGAAGGCACCCCGUUACGCUGAAUUUCACAUUUUCUGAUGGGUGAUCUGCAACCUCUCAAUUAAAAAAAAAAACAAACCCAAAAACUCAAAAAAUGAGUCUUUCAAACAAAUGGAAAGAAAAAAAAUUAAAGGGAAAUGAUUUUGUAGUCACUGUAAUUCUGACUGCUGCAUAAUAUUAGAAAUUAUUGUACUGUGAAGUUGCAAAUUCAAAAAGAAACCAAUAUGAAUUUCAAUUUUGUGAGUAUAUCAAUAUUUUGCAUGCUUUGUAAGGAUUCUUAUAGGAAUUUAAUAUUGCUUAGUAUCCCUCCCUCCUUAGGUCUGGGAGCAAACCUCUUUGUAAUGUAAUGUACAACUAGAAAUUCCUUCUCUCUUGUAUGUAUUUCCACUACAUUCCAACUUCUGAACCCGUAAAACAGAAAAAGUGUUUAUAGUAGGAGGUGCUUUUUUGGGGGAGGGAGGGAAUGAAGGCAAGGAAACUUGAGGGCUUAAGAUUUUGAUUUAUUUUUUUGCCUUUUUGAAGGUAAAAAUUAGUCACAAUCCUGAAAAACACUGACUUUUUACAAGGAAGGUCAUGCAGACCAGUAAACCACACUCUAUGGUUUUGUUUUUAUGUAUUUGUUCUCAUUUUUACAUAGCGGUUCUAUAGCAAUCCUUUUACUGCAAGCUGCACACCUACCCAUUCCAAGCUGUCGGCUGAUAUAUCUGAGGCAGUAGCACUGCUGAUGACUUCAUUUAAAAGGAAAAAAAACCCAACCGAACUACACAAGGUGGCUGGGUGACGGCCUUUUCCUUUUGGUGUGGGGAAUCUGUGGCUGCUCUUUGCAGUGUUGAAACUGGAAAGCAAUACCAUAAUGACUGUGCCAAUUUACUUUUGCCCAACUUUUUAUUUUUUAUUUAUAUAGGAAGUUAAUUUUAAUAUUAAAUUACUGAUCUAUAGUAUGUAACCAUGAGAAAAUUGCUUUUGCUUUGGUUACUGUUACAGGUUGUUGCUUUUAGUCUCUCAUUACAAUACUCAGUUCUAAUGUAACAUUAUCUAACAUGCAGGCAUGUGGAUCAGGGAAGAAAAGUUAAUUUAACUUAACCCGUUAAUUAUUUCUGUUAAGUAUGAGUAUGUUUUCCCCAAAGCUGGUAAUUUUGGGCUGGAAAAGAUAGCGCAUCUUAUUGCUGAUGAUGAAAUCAUGGACUGAUUUGAAAUACGAGAAUUGAUUUCUUGAAUUUCCUUUAAUUUUGCAAUUAAGUUUUUUCAAGUAGUCUUAUGUUUUCAGAAAUUAAGUAUUUCCAAAAGGCUUUUAUGGUCUUUUCCCAGGAAUGUUGGUUGGUUUUGUUUUGUUGUUUUUUUUUUUUUUUACUUUGUUAUUUUUUUAAAAAGCCUUAUCAUACUUAAACAAAAAGGGACUUGUAAAACUUGGUUUUAGAGGCGGCCUUCUGAUUUCUGCUCUCAUAUAUUCCCUUACGAGUUGUGUCAGAAAAACUAACUCUUCCAUUUUCCAUAUUAAAAGGUACAAUAUAAAGAACAUAAAAGCAAAAAAUUACCCUUUACAUGUGUACCGGGAGUUUAUGCUCUUUCAGUUUCUAGUGUAUUGGAGAGACCUUUCUAAAAACAUAGCUUUCACUAACAGGAAUCUGAAACGUUAAAACUUUCAACUAAAGAAAUUCAGCUGAUUAGGACAGUCUGCAUAUCUCCAGUUUAAGGAGAGGAAUAAGCAUCAGUUUCCUGGCAUUUAGAAAGUAUUUUAAGUUCUCAUGGAUGUUUUUUAAUGCUGAAUAGCUUUUUAAGGAAAAAUUUUGAAAAAGUAAAGCAAACUAUGGAAAAGUUUUCAAGGAUGGACAAGAAAUAACAGUUACUAGAUCAGUUUCAGCUUUGUGUUUGUGUGCGCAUCUGAAACCAAAUUGAAGCAUCCAUUAAAAUGCUGCUGGUGUUCUUUAUUCUUGCACAAUUUUAACAAGUUGAGGUAGUAGCUAAGCUAUUUCAGGCUGUAUUUUAAUGCUGCUAUUUUUCAGUGUAUCAGCUAAGGGCAAAACGCAGCAGUGUGGUGCCUGUAUUGCCGAUGCCCGCUGCCUGCCUGGAUUCUGACCGUCCGUUGCUAAUACAAGGCAAUCAGCAUGCACCUACCGAGCAAAACUGCAACUUUUUUCGUUGGCCACAAGGUGGUGGAACCACAGAUGUUUAUGGGAGAUGCAGUAUUUUUACAGUUUAUUCAUUUUACUGGUUUAAAGAUCUGUUUUAUGAUUGUUUGUGUUAGUUUUCUAUGAGUUUAUUUAAACAAAUGUACUGUCUUUAAAGUGGAUCUCCAAAUUUGUCUGUCACCCUUGUAACACUGGAAGGCAUUGCAAUGUGUUCAUUUUUCUUAAUGUGCCAUUCUUUCAAGUAUGUAUAAAAUGUAAAUCGACUGACAUGGCUUUUAAAAAUGUUUAAAAUCUGAUGGCAAAAACCCAACCCUCUCUGAUUCCUCACUGGUUAAUCCUUUUGUUUCAGUGCUUGGUCAUCUACUGGGAUAACAACAUCAAAUGUGGCAUUCUUUUUAGGGAAAUCUUAGGAAGAAAUGGGAAAUGUUUGAAGAAUAACCCUUACCCUUUCUCUUUUUACUUUAAUUCAAGAAGACAGGGACUUGUAAUAACAGGAGACCAAUACAUUCAUGCUAGAUUUUAAGGGAUUUGCCCCUGUUCCUUGAAGAAGAAAAAUCUGGAAGGGCAAUUCCUAAGUAGAUACAAUCAAAUUAAUCAAAUUCUUGUUGUAGUUGGUCAUUUGUUUAUUCCCUCUUAAAUUUUGUAGUCCAGGUAUGUUUUGGUUUGUAAACUUUGCUAAUAUUGUCAUAGUACUGUUACUGGAAAAAUAAGUCUGAUACUAUUCACUUCCUUUAACACAGGGUACGUGCAACUGAGAUACUGGAGCCUUAGAUUAGUAUUAGCAAUUCUCCACUCUGAACUAGAAUGAAAUGAGUGUUCAUAUGUAUUCUAUGAAAUUUCUCAUUGAAGAGAAUUAAAUACAUGGAUUGUCCUUAAAACCAGGAGAAGCUCUAAAGGAAGCACUUACAGUUAAUGAUUAUUCCUUAACAAGGUUUUAGGGAAGAAAAGUAACACAAAUGGAAAAGAGAUGCAUAAAUUGGAAUCACUCAGAUCACAUGGUUUGGAGCUAUAAAGAAGGCCUCAUUUCACAUUACAGAAGGCAACUUAUGCCCUAGAUAUCAUGAGCAAAGACCGUCUUGCCAGUAAAUAAACAUUAAUAUAGGAACACCAGGACUUUAGCUACUGUAGCCUCCCAGUUCUGGUGUGCUGCAACCCCUCUUGCUACUGAAAAUUCAUAGUUCAGUGCUACAAAAGCAAAGUUUAUCACUUGCUCUCUACCUUCCCCUCUGCUGCUCCGUGGCAAUAGAUAGGGAGGAGCAAGAGAGUCCGUGUGUUACCAUAAAAAGCAAACCUGAGUGUACAUGUUAUCUUGAUUCUCCUCCUUCCAUGACCAUAUUACUAAUUUAGGCCUUCCAGGUCAAGCAAAUACAUAAACGCUAUUGCCAAGAAUUAGAAAAUUAUUAAAUGACCUAGUUUGCCUCCACUGCUGAUUCUCUGUGUUAUCAUCUCAUCAUGGAAUUGCUGGAGACCACUGUAAAAAACAUGCAGGUGAAUCGUGAAUAUUUUCCAUGUCAUUUAUUUCCUACUCUCAUGUUUCACCUUUCAGUAAAAAAGACCCUCCUUUUCAAACAGAAACCACUUCACAUCACUGUACUGUAGGAACUACCACAUUGGGAGGUUCAGUUUGUAGCAGAGCUAACCCUGGAGAUAACUAAAAUAUUUCCAGUCUUCUGGUGCAGGAUGGACCAGGUACUUCCAAAGCUCCGGCUCGUAUAGGGCCUGGUUUGUGAGUUAGUAAGAUUCUAUUAUUUAUACCUGUUCAAGCAUAUUCGGAAUUAAUACGAUUACGGAGUCCCCAAGCCUAGCAGAAGUGUUUGUUCUACUGCUUCAUCUUAACUGCAGUCACGUUUGAAUCCUCUGGUCGAAGUGGUUCAUCAGAAGGGAGAAAACUUUUUUUAUUUUCCACUGGAGGUUUUGUUUGUGCAACUGUUGCAGUGUUUUUCCCUGGCAGUAAGUUGUUCUGAGACGCCAAGACAUUCUACAGAUGAACCAUUUCUCUAAUGUGCAGAAUGAUUUGUAUCACAAGGCCAUGUUACAUCCCUGGGGAUGUAUGGAAGGGCAGGCUUGUGUACAAAACAGCUUCCUGCCUGUAAAGGCAGGAGAGAAAACACAGCAGCUUUCUGCAGCUGACCCAAAAGAAGGAUGACGGGGUAGAGCCCACCAGCAAGCAGAUGGCCUCGGCCCUUACAUGCUCGCAUCUCCCCUGGGGCAGUCUGAGCAAGGCCAGAAGGCAGUUACGGGGAGAGACUUAGUCCCUUCUCCUCCUUGUGUCCAGCUGAAUGAUCAAAUGCCAAUCUACAUAGAGUAGCUCAAAUUUCCUCCAUUUUAGUCCCAUUUUGGAAGAAAUUGGGACUACGCUAACUCUAGGGAUUACAUAAAUAGCUGAAAACUGAUCCAUAUCUAAAAAAAAUAUUUCAAAUCUAGUAGGUAGUAACGUAAAAGCUGCCAUAGCAAAAGAGACAUUUCCUCACAACACCCCCUUCUAAUCCUUUUUUUACUGCUUCUCUCAGCCGAAGAGAAAUCUUGUUUUGGGCUUCACAAUUAUGUACGAAAACUUGCAGAAGCCACUCAGGAAUGGUAAUGUAUUUGGAAUUCUGGAUAAAACUUAUCAACACAGGGACAGAUGGUUCAAAAGUUGUGACAGCAGUACAACCACGGCAGCAAAAAGAGGGUAAGGAAUUGUGUUGGAUGACUGAGAAGCACCAUAGUGAAACAGUGAAUUUAAAUACGAUCUCACAGCAGGACACUGAAAUGUCCUUUCUGUGUCUGUCCAGAAAAAAAAAAAAAUAAAACUAAGCCUUUUCUUGCC